CACACUCGAGCCUGUGAUGUUGGAGCCCACAGAGUCCCAAGUGUGAAGGUUGAGUGUAUUUCUGGUUCAGACAGAAAUAGACACCUACCAGAGGGUGUGCUGGCAUCAGGGCUCGCAGGCGGCCCCGGGCCAGAUUUAGUCUCUGUCCUGGGUUGCCUGGCUCUCUCCUCCUGCCCCUUCCUGUCUGCUCCUUGGGGAGCUUCAUCUAACAUCAUGAGGAAUCUUGGUUUUGCCUCUGGCUGCCGAGUGAUUUCACGUAUCCUGCUGUUCACAGUUUGGGUGGAAGGAGCCUCUCCUUGGUCUCCCUGGGGACAGGGGAUGGCCAGGGUGGCCGGAAUGUGCUCAGUGGGACUCUUGCCCCUCAAGCCUCCCUGUGGAGUGAAAGCAUCCUUGGGAAACUCCAGUUUGUCUAUGACAGAUAAUAUAUAUGGGCUCGGGGGUCCUUCCCCCCGAGCUGCCCCUUCCUCACUUCAGUGUCGUUCUGUGUUCACAGGGAAAGAUGGAGACGCUGAAAGACAAGACCCUGGAGGAGCUGGAGGCGAUGCAGAAUGACCCGGAGGCCAUUGACCAGCUGGCCCAGGAGUCCCCUGAGGUCCAGGACCUGCAGCUGGAACGGGAGAUGGCACUGGCUACCAACCGGAGCCUGGCCGAGCGGAACCUGGAGUUCCAGGGUCCCCUGGAGAUCAGCCGCUCAAACCUCUCGGACAAGUACCAGGAGCUCCGGAAGCUUGUGGAGCGGUGCCAGGAGCAGAAGGCAAAGCUGGAGAAAUUUUCUUCAGCUCUGCAGCCAGCGACCUUGUUGGACCUUCUGCAGGUCGAAGGCAUGAAGAUUGAGGAAGAGUCGGAGGCCAUGGCUGAGAAGUUCCUGGAAGGUGAGGUGCCCUUGGAAACGUUUCUGGAGAACUUUUCCUCCAUGAGGACGCUGUCCCAUCUGCGCCGGGUUCGCGUGGAGAAGCUCCAGGACGUGAUAAGGAAGCCCAGAGCUUCCCAGGAGCUGGCUGGUGACGCCCCUCCUCCCCGCCCGCCACCCCCACCUCGCCCAGCCCCGCAGGCAACGCCCCCUCUGGCCGAAGAGCCACUGCAGUCAUCAGCGGUGCCUCCCUUCCCUUUGCCCUACAGCCCGUCUCCCAGCAUGCCCGUGGGCUCCACCGCCCAAGGCGUGCUCCCCCCGGCCCCCUUCCCGGUGGUGUCCCAGCCCUCCUUCUCCUACAGUGGGCCUUUGGGCCCCCCGUACUCAUCAGCCCAGCCAGGACCCAGGGCUGCUGCUGCGGGCUACUCCUGGUCCCCACAGAGGAGCACCCCGCCCCGGCCGGGCUAUCCCGUGGCCCCCUCUGGUGCCUCUGGCCCCGGCUACCCCAUGGCAGGGAGCCGGGCCCCCAGUCCUGGUUAUCCUCAGCAGACCCCCUACCUCUCACCAGGAGGAAUACCUCCCUACCCAACACAGCCCCAGCUCCCCAGCUUGCCAGGCCAGCCCCAGCCCUCAGGCCCCUCUCAGCCGCCCUAUCCCCCUGGGCCCGCCCCUCCCUAUGGAUUUCCACCACCUCAGGGUCCUGCCUGGCCUGGGUACUAGACACAGUCCUGGCCCUUGGCCCUUCCCUACUUCCGCCUCUACCGCAACUUUAGGCCCACCCUACGCGAGAUUCGAGGUUAAAUUGCAAGUGGAGUUGGCGCUCCUUGUGGACUUGUGUCGGCACACCAGCGCCUUGGGGGGACCUGGCUGGGAGCACGCGGGCCCAGAAAGGCAGUGUGACCGGCUUGGCCGCACCAGAUGUCACUGCCCUUACUGGCCUCCCCGGGGAAGGGAAGGCAUCCUUUCAGUGACUGGCUUUCGGCUUUCUGGUGCUGGCCAGGCGGGGCGUCCAGUCGCUCUCCGUGGAUGUGAGCCAGCGGAUACAUGCGUUUGUGG